UUUUCUGGCGCUGCUGAUUUCCGCUUAUUAUUGUUUUGGGGUGUGACGUAAGUUCCGGCCGCCAACACCAGCAGCCCUUUUUCGCGGUAAAAUGAAAUAAGCAUCUGACGUUCAUCAGAUUUAUUCUGCUAUCUAACGUGUAGCUUAUUGAUGUGGCUAGUAUUUAGAAAUCGCAUUAUUUAUCAAUUGGUUCGUCGGUGUUGCUAUGAAGUCAGAGCACAGCUAACGUUAGCUACCAAAGUAUCAUCAAAACAUUGGACCGUCAGACGUUUUAUCCUCCAUAACUAACGUUACAAAAUCUAGCUAGUAAAGAUAACGAUAGAGUUAGAAAAACAAACAAUGGCACUAGUAAGCGGAGAAAGCCUAAAAUCAGAGCUGGAAAUGUUCGACAUACCCUGCCAAGAUGACUCCGUCCUCGACAAGAUGGUGGAGCAGUGUAUUUGUAACAGAAUACAGGCAGAUGAGAUGGUGCUGGAGUGGGUGGCCUACAGCACCACAAAAAAUGGACUAAAACUCACCUUGGACACCCUGGAGCAAUUUGAACAUGAGGUGUUAAACAAGAGAAAUAAAUCCAAACAAAUCCUCAGAAAAGAAGAAACUCAUAACAGAACCAGAGACAUCCACACACUACAGGACAUAAUCAAAGCUGAGGAAGAGGAGGAGAAUCUACUAGAUGCUUACUCUACACCUGCUAAGGGCUCUCAGAAGCGAGCACUGACCACUCCUGAAAACCCUCAUUCAAAAAGAAGUGCCGCUCUGCUGGCCAGCCCGGGCCUGCUGCUGUCUCCUGCCAGCUUUUCUCCCAGUGCAACACCCUCACAGAAGUACAGCCAGCGAGGAGGGAAAGGGGAGGUGGUGGUUACAUUCGGGGCUGUGCAGGGAACCCGCUGGGCAGGCAGGAAGACUCCGGGCGCCGGCGUCCAGCUGGAGCUCCUGGAAGGGCUUGAAGACUCCCUCCGCUGCAGCUACAAGUACAUGUUCCAAAGGCUGCGCGAUGUUCGAAAUGUGUUGACGGAAAAGAUAGAGGAGCUUGGCGACGGCCUUAGGUCUCACUUCAACAUCGAGGAGUUCUCCCCCGUCUCUCUGCCUGCUCAGGACAGUAUAACAGUGUUGGGUCAGGUUUGCUGCGACAGUAAUGGCAAACUGAAUGCACACUCUGUUCUGUUGGAGGCGGGACCGGAGCAAGGUGGUCAGCAAGUACCUGUUGACCUAUCGGAGCUUAAAGAGUAUUCCCUGUUUCCUGGUCAGGUGGUCGUGAUGGAGGGAAUGAACACAACAGGAAGAAAACUGAUGGCUUCUAAACUCUAUGAGGGAGUCCCUCUUCCUUUCUACACUUCGGAGGUGAAAACCGAGAUGGAUGAAGAGCCGAUGAACGUACUGGUGGCAUGUGGACCGUACACUCCCUCUAACAGUCUGACCUUUGACCCUCUGCUGGACCUAAUCAAUGUCAUUGUGAGGGAUCGUCCUGAUGUCUGCCUGCUGCUCGGGCCGUUUGUGGAUUCCAAGCAUGAACAAAUUGAGAAAGCUCAGGUGACUGAGACAUUUGAGGCCAUUUUCUCAAGAUGUCUCGAAAGCAUUGUGGAUGGCACCAAAAGUGUUGGCUGUCGCCUGGUGUUUGUGCCCUCCCAGAGAGACAUCCACCAUCAUUUUAUCUACCCACAGCCUCCCUUCACCCUGCCCAACCUCAGCAAGGACCAGGUCCAGCGUGUCACCCUGGUCCCUGACCCCUGCACUCUGCUGAUCGACGGUGUGACCUUUGGUUUGACGUCCACUGACAUCCUGUUCCACAUGGGCGCAGAGGAGAUCAGCUGCGGCACUGGAUCAGACAGAUUUUCUCGCAUACUGAAACACAUGCUGACCCAGCGGAGUUACUACCCGCUGUACCCGCCUGUGGAGGAGGUGAACAUGGAUUAUGAGAAGUUCCAGAGCUUCGGACAGAUGCCGCUGACCCCCGACAUCCUCAUUAUUCCCUCUGAGCUGCGCUACUUUGUAAAGGAUGUGGUCGGCUGUGUAUGUGUCAAUCCUGGACGGCUGACCAAAGGCCAGGUGGGCGGGACCUACGGCAGGUUGCUGAUUCAGCGCAGCGCUGCAUCAGACGACGGGAGGAGAGGGAGCCCCUGUUUGGCUGCUCAGGUGGUGAAAAUCUAAAAGGAAAUUCCGAUUUUUGAAUGCUCAUAACCAGGACCAGUGUGCAAGCAGCUUUGAGCGUUGUGUAAAAUAUGUAAACAAAAAGCUUUACUGUACUGUCGAAAGCAGCUGGUGUAUUUUUAUAUGGCAAACAUGUGUCUGUUUGGUGGAGUAUCAGUCCCACAGACACAACACCAAUAACAAUAACAAUCUCUCUUCAAUAAAUUAUUGUCACUCUUUG